AUGGCUCCCGCGUCCGUGCCGUCACGACACCGCAAAGGUGGACACGGGCCAAAGCGUCAGCAGCACCGUAGCACCACCGCUCGGAAGAAAUGCGUGCCCGUCCUCCUCGGCAGCUCCCUGAAGAACCUGGGCGUGCAACCCCUGAUGGACGGGAUCGUGUCGUACCUCCCGAGCCCCCUGGACCUGGGGAGGAACUACGGCGACCUCUACGACGACGACCUGUGCGGCUUCUCCUUCAAGAGCUGCCAUGACGCGCACAAGGGCUUCCUCACGUUUCUCAGGCUUUAUUCGGGGUCCAUCGCACCGCUGCCAAUUAUGAUGGCGAACCUUGGGAAAUUCUAA